AAAAAAAAAAAAAACUUGGCAUUCUAUGUAUUUAUACGCUCCCUGUCUCCUCUCCUGUUUCCCUCCCCAACUUGGCAGGCCUUUGCCUUCGGCGACAGCAGCUCUCCCUCACCGCUGUCGACUUCGCGCUUCCACUAUAAUAUUGCGUCCUCUCUCUCUCUGCGGUUUAGUUCUAUGCUGUUAGGUCAAAGGAGGCAAAGAUGGUGUUUUUGGCUUAUUUUUAGAAUUAGGGCAAAUUGUCCGAAAUUCAAAGUAAUUGAAGCUACUUCACCCACUUCCACUCCUUCUUAAUCUAUAAAGCAAGGACAGACGAUGAACGCUUCGAUAAUCGAUCCACUGCAAGGAGAUUUUCCAGAGGUUAUAGAGGAGUAUUUGGAGCAUGGGGUCAUGAAAUGUAUCGCCUUUAAUCGUCGUGGCACUCUUCUAGCCGCUGGAUGCUCUGAUGGAAGUUGCAUUAUCUGGGAUUUCGAAACUAGAGGAAUUGCCAAGGAGCUUCGGGAUAAGGACUGUGCUGCUGCAAUAACAAGCAUCUGCUGGUCAAAGUAUGGUCAUCGAAUCCUUGUUUCUGCUGCUGAUAAAUCAUUAACACUUUGGGAUGUUGUAAAUGGAGAGAAGAUUUCACGCACUGUUCUGCAGCAGACACCACUGCUGGCUCGCCUGCAUCCAGGUUCCUCUGCUCCAUCUCUUUGUUUGGCAUGCCCACUCUCAUCUGCUCCAAUGAUUGUUGACUUAAACACAGGAAGCACCACUAUGCUUCCAGUUGCAGUGCCUGAAAUGGGCAAUGGACUUGUCCCUCAAUCACGCAGCAAAUCUUCAGAUGGAACUCCCCCUUUCACUCCAACUGCUGCAUGCUUCAACAAGUAUGGAGAUCUAGUGUAUGUGGGAAAUUCGAAAGGGGAAAUAUUUAUAAUAGAACACAAAAGCAUUCAAGUGCAUGCCAUGGUUUCCAUUCCAGGUGGUGCUGUGAUAAAGAACAUAGUAUUCAGCAGAAAUGGACAGUAUCUGCUUACGAAUUCUAAUGAUCGGACUAUCAGAAUAUAUGAAAAUCUUCUUCCUCUGAAAGAUGGCCUUUCUGCUCUGGAGGAGAUGAACAGGACCAUUGAUGAGCAAGAUGGUGUUGAGAAGAUGAAAACUGUUGGAUCAAAGUGCUUAGCAUUAUUCCGAGAAUUUCAAGAUUCUAUCACCAAAAUGCACUGGAAGGCACCUUGUUUUAGUGGUGAUGGUGAGUGGGUAAUUGGUGGUUCUGCAAGCAAAGGAGAGCACAAAAUCUACAUAUGGGAUAGGGCUGGACAUCUUGUAAAAAUCCUUGAAGGUCCAAAGGAAGCAUUGAUUGAUUUAGCAUGGCAUCCUGUUCAUCCCAUUGUAGUCUCUGUUUCCUUGACAGGCUUGGUGUAUAUUUGGGCUAAGGAUUAUACUGAGAACUGGAGUGCAUUUGCACCAGACUUCAAAGAGCUAGAGGAAAAUGAAGAGUAUGUGGAGCGAGAAGAUGAAUUUGAUUUGAUGCCUGAAACUGAAAAGGUGAAGGAAUCAGAUGCUAAUGACGAUGAAGAAGUUGACAUUGUGACGGUGGAGAAAGAUGCCUUCAGUGAUUCUGAUAUGUCACAGGAAGAACUAUGCUUCUUGCCGGCUGAUCCUUGUCCUGAUGUUCCUGAGCAACAGGACAAGUGCGUUGGAAGUUCUUCCAAGUUGGACAGUAAUCAUUCUGGAUCCCCUCCUUCUGAAGGAGCUGGACAAAAUGGGCUUGCUGUGAACCAUGCAUCAAGUCCACUUGAAGAGGACACAGGAGGUACCCGAAUGAAGAGGAAACGGAAACCUUCAGAAAAGGGGUUAGAGUUGCAGGCCGAGAAGGUCAGGAAGCCCAUGAAACCAUUGAAGUCUUCUGGUAGAUUGUCAAAAAUAAAAAAUAAAUUUGUUGUUGACCUAGAUAUUAGUAAUGGUGUGUAUGGGGAUGAUGUUUCUGACGAGUAGCAUUAGAUUUUUGUAAUAAUGAAGAGUCUAUCUAUUGUGCUGGAAAAUUUGGCAUCAUUUAUUAUUCAAGCACUUUGAGAUGCUCAACAA